AUGGUGGACUCUAUAGGGGCUUUGGGUGGGUUGGCAAUAAUGUGGAAAAGGAAUUCAAUCACUUUCACAUGCUGCACCAGAAUGCAGAAUCGGUUGCCUAGCAAAGUAAGAUCUCUCAGCUUAAACCUUGAAUUUAUCAUCCUGGAUGUCUAUGGCCCAAUCCCAAUAGACAAGAAAAGGGUAGUUUGGCAAGAAAUAGAGCACUUCCUAAGAAAUCAGGAUGCUAAGAACAUCAUCAUAGGAGGUGAUUUUAAUACCAUUCUACACACAACAGACAAAAGUGGGGGGAUAAGGUCCAUCAAACAGCCAUAUAGAGACUUUGCUAAUUGGAUAAGUGAAAACAAUCUCUUGGAAAUCAAGACUGAGUUGGGCUUGCAUACAUGGAAUAACAAAAGAAAAGGAUUCUGCAACAUUGUUCAAACUCUAGACAGAUUUUUUUUCAAAGGAGACAUGUCUGACUUUAACUCCGAGUUAAAAGCCAUUGUAUUACCAUGGUCAGGCUCUGACCACUGCCCAGUGCUAUUGGAGUUAUUAGGGGAAGCAAAGACAUUUGGGUGCCCAUUCAAGUUUGAACUGAUGUGGUUCAAAUAUGAAGAUUUUCUCCCUAAUAUCCAGAAAUGGUGGAAUGAAGGUGUCUUUGUUGGAUCCAAAUUGUACUGUCUGGUCUCAAAGCUGAAAGACAAUAAACAUAAACUACUAGAUUGGAACAAAAUGAAAUUCAAAAACAUCUUCGAGGAGAAGAUAAGAAUUGAAAAGGAACUGGAACUUGUGAAUAAUGAUGUUAUACAACAUGGGAUGACCCAAACAACAUAUGAGGCAGAGAAAAAGCUUUUAUGUGAGUAUGAGGAUAUUUUGGCAAAGGAAGAGAUAUUCUGGAAACAAAAAACUAGAGAAACUUGGCUAGAGGAUGGAGACAGAAAUACCAAAUUUUUCCACAAUAGUGUCAAACGGAAAAGGGAAAGAAACAAAAUUAUUUAG